AAUCCAGACUUCGUGCGCGACACACCCGCAAAAAGAGGUUUUGUUCAACGGAUUUACUAAAACUCAUUUAAAAAUGAAAACUGUGGAAGUUAUUGCUGGUAUUGUCAUAGCAAUCAAUAUAUUGAUACCUCCACAUCUGUGCUGUGAUCUAGUGCCAAAUUUCGAUGGUUCAUGCUGGGAUCUAGUGUCCCAACCAUUUAUCACAUACGAUGAAUCUAAAUUCGGACCUCUAAUCGAAGGAGCUGGCGUUAAUCCGACCGGAGACAUUUUCGCAGUCGAUUACGGAAGUAGUAAGACUACAUUUCAGUUGGGACAAGUAUCGCCUUCUCAGAAAUUAUUUUACCGAGACGGCAAUGAAUCGUCGCUGUUAAAUGGCAUCCGGUUUUUAAAUUCGAAAGUCGCCUUUGUUGCCGAUGCAGUGAAUCACAGAGUGCUGAAACUAACACUGAACGAACGGGAUCAGCUACGAAAUGAAAAUUACUGCAGCGAUUCCCGAAUGAUUCAACCGAAUGACAUCACAUUAUCCUCCGAUGGUACAAUUUUCACAUCUGGAAUGAAAUGGCUGCCAGAUACAAACAGUUCAAACGGUGAUAUUUGGUCGUGCCGACCAGAUGGAACCGUACAAAGGCUGGAGGUGCUGGGACGCACCAAUGGAAUCGAUUUGUCACCGGACGAAAAAACAUUGUAUGUCUCAGAGUCAUUCAAUCGCGGUGGAACGCCGUACAUUCAGCGAAUUUGGAAAUACAACGUCGAUACCGCAGCUGGAACUACAUCGAAUAAAUUGUUGUUUGCCGAUUUUGAUAGCCUUGAUGGAAGUGUUACAAGUGACAUUGAUGGUAUGAAAACUGAUACAGAUGGGAACUUGUUCGUAGCUCGAUAUGGUGGAAGACAUAUCGCGAUACUUUCGCCUGCCACGGGUAAAAUUGUUGGAAAAAUUCAGGUCAGCUUUCCGAAUCCGACUAAUUUAGAGUUUGGUGGCACCGAUGGACGCACGUUGUUCAUAGUUGGACAAUGCCGUCGGGAAGGUAGAGGAUGUGUUGAUCGAAUCGAAAUGGUGACACCAGGACGAACUUGGAGUAUGUUACAGUGAAUUAAGGAAACGGUUUAUGAACGGGGUAGUUUUCCUAAGGGAGUACUCUUCCAAAUAAAGACAUUUUGAAUAAAAUUUCUGCCUCAUAUUCAAUUCUAAGCAAUUCGAUUAAAUCGAUCCUACUCAACCAUAACCAUCAUAUCUCCCAUUUCGACCAGGUUUCCCUAAAAUUAGUUGUGGUUUUUCGUGUCGUCGCAAAUCGUUUUCCACAACAUAAAUAAACUCUAAUGACUCGGACUGAUUCAGUUUGAAAUCUUAGUCGAACCAAAGUUACAAUUUAGUAAAUUUGA